GGCAUGGCAGAAAUCUCAUGACUGAGUCCCCGCCUCCCUGUACUGGUGGAAGGCGUCUGCAGCAGCAUUUAAAUUCCGCAGGCCCGGGCUGUCAGCAGCAGCAAGAGGUGGCAGGAGCAGAGCAUCCUCUGGCCCCAGACCCAGCUGCAGCCUUCUCAGCCGGACGCCAGCAGAGGAAAAGUCAUAACCAUGAGAAUUGCCCUGAUCUGUUUUUGCCUCAUUGGCAUCGCCUACUCCCUCCCGGUUAAGCAGGCUGAUUCUGGCAGCUCUGAAGAAAAGCUGCUCUACAAUAAACUCCCAGAAGCUGUGUCAUCGUGGUUAAAACCUGACCCAUCCCAGAAGCAGAAUCUCCUAGAAUCACAGAAUGCUGUUUCCUCUGAAGAGACUGAUGACUUGAAACAAGAGACCCUCCCGAGUAACUCCAAUGAAAGGCACGACCACAUGGACGACGUGGACGAUGACGAUGACGGAGACCAGGACUCUGUUGACACAGAUGACGAUGAUCAUCCUGAUGAUUCUCACCAUUCCGAUGAGUCUGACCAUUCUGAAGAAUCGGACGAAGAGGUCACUGAUGCUCCCACAAAUAGUCCCGAAACCCCUGUUUUCACUCCCAUUGUCCCCACCAUAGAAACAUAUGAUGAUGGCCGAGGUGACAGUCCAGCUUACGGACUGAGGUCGAGGUCCAAGAAGUUCUCCAUUUCUGAUGCCCAGUACCGUGAUGCUACAGAUGAGGACCUCACCUCUCACGCGGAAAGCCAGGAGUCCAGCGAUGCACACAAGGCCGUCCUUGUUGCCCAGCACCUGAACGUGCCCUCUGACUGGGACAGCCAUGGCAAGGACAGUCAUGAGUCCAGUCAGCUGGAUGAGCAGAAUGUGGAGUCCCACAGCCAAGAGCAGUCCAGAGAGCACAAACGGAAGGCCCGUGAUGACAGCAAUGAGCACUCUGAUGUGAUCGAAAGUCAGGAAGGUGCCAGAGCCAGCCAGGAGCUGCACAGCCACGAAGACCCCAAGAGUAAGCAGGAAGAUGAACACCUGAAAAUGAGCGCUUCUCGUGAAUUAGACAGUGCGUCUUCUGAGGCCAAUUAGAAAGAGAAAAGGAAAUGCAAUUUCUUCGCUUUUAGUAAAAAGAAAAAAAUGCAUUAUAGAGAAUCAAGAAAACAUGAAGUGCUUAUUUAGCAGGUGAAUGUAUAUGUAUGUAGCUUUGGAAAUUAAUGUUUUCAAUCAUUCGUUUAGUUUGUUGCUUCGUGGUAACAUCCUUAUAAUCUAAAAGCUUUAGCAUUUUGUCUGUGUUCUUUCCAUAGAAGAAAUGCAAGCCAUCACUGCAUUCUAAUGUUUGUUAUUCUCUUAUGAAUAGAAACGUAUGUAGAAGCAAACAAACUACUUUUACGCACUUAUUGGAGAGACUAUAACAUUUUAUGUCACCACAGUCUUUUGUUUUUUAAACUAGUGUAUAUUUUGUUGUGAUUAUUUUGUUGGUGUGAAUAAACCUUAAAUCUGAACUAUAAUGAAGA